UUAGUUGCUCUCUUUGCUGAUUAUGCCCACCUAUUAAUUCAAUUCAAUUCCCCUCAGAACAAACCACUCUAGUUUCUCAGAUGGAUCCGUGUCCCUUCGUCCGGAUCCUCGUCGGAAACCUCGCCAUCAAAUCUCCGGCAUCAUCGAAGCCUUCUUUCUCCGGCAAAGUGCACCCAUCAAGUUCCCCAUGUUUCUGCGAGAUCAAACUCAAGGGCGUGGGCUUCGAUUCCCCUGGCUGUCACGUGGCCACAGUGCCUCUAAUAUCGGAGACACAGCCUCAACCUCACUCAAUCGCUGCUUGCUUCGAUUUCACGAAAGCCCAAAUCCUAAAGGUCUCCAAGAACCCUCGUAUCAAGAUCUAUCUUUACAAGGGGCGGAAAACACCCUCGUGUGCCUUCAGCUCCGCCAAACUAUUGGGCAAGAUUUCGGUGCCACUUGAUCUCACCUUGGCAGACUCCAGACCCUGCAUGUUCCACAAUGGUUGGGUCAACUCGUCGGGUCAGUUAUUGCAUUUAACAGUCCGGGCCGAACCCGACCCGAGAUUCGUCUUUCGGUUCGACGGCGAACCGGAAUGCAGUCCUCAGGUCUUUCAAGUCAGAGGGGAUGUUAAGCAACCGGUUUUCACUUGCAAGUUCAGUUUCAGAGAUAGAAACCCGGGCCAGUUCCCUUCGGUGAAUGCGAAUCAUGUAGCGGAGCGUAAAGGAUGGUCCAUUACCGUUCACGAUUUGUCCGGUUCGCCCGUUGCGGCUGCGUCUAUGGUCACGCCGUUCGUUCCCUCACCAGGUUCGCAGCGGGUCAGCCGGUCCAACCCUGGAGCCUGGCUCAUAAUCCGACCCGAUGGAGAUGGCACGUGGAAACCUUGGGGCCGCCUUGAGGCAUGGCGCGAACACAGCAACUCCAACGCCGUCGGGUACCGGUUCGAGGUGCUUCCGGCCACCGCCGACCCGGUGGUCCUCGCCGAGUCCAGCAUCAGUUCCCAACAUGGCGGGAAAUUCACCAUCGAUGUUACCUCCGGCGUUACCCCGGUGAAUACUCCACAUGGCAGCUGGGAUUUCGGGUCCGGGUCAAGGCCCCGUUCUGGAUGCCUUUCGAAUUUCGGGUCCGGUUCUAGGCCUGGUUCUGGAUCCGGUUCGGAUUUCGGGUUGGAGCAGCAAUUAUUGUACAAGGGGUUUGUGAUGUCGGCGACGGUGGACGGCAAAAGAAAGUGUAGCAAGCCGGAGGUGGAGGUUGGGGUGAAGCACGUGACUUGCACGGAGGAUGCUGCGGCUUUCGUUGCUCUUGCCGCAGCCGUGGAUUUGAGCAUGGAUGCUUGCAAGUUGUUCUCUCAGAAGCUCCGAAAGGAGUUGAGGCAGUAGAUUCGGGUGUCUGUCGUUUCGAGGUUAAUUGCUCUAGUAAUCCGGAGUAACAUUGAGUACUGACUUUUUUUUUUUUUUUUUUUGAGUAAAAAUGUACAGUUGAGAUGAGAAAUUAUUUGGCAGGAUCAUUCUUUGAAUUGAAUAUUUUUCUUAGCUAAGACAGAAAUUUUUGAAUUCCGAUUUUGCUCAUGGAUCAGGUCUUAGUAUUCUUUUAUUUUGCUUAUUCUGAUGAUGGGUUUGUACAGUACUUUUAAUUCAUGUCUCUUGUGUUGGAAUUUGUUGUGAGAUUA